GCAGAUAUAGUUGCGUUAAAAGUAAGCCACACUGUAAGGCACAGGCCAGUACAUGUCCGUGCCGUGUCUAUUUUAUAGUAACACAGUAGCGCGUACCUGUGCACAGCUUACGUAUACAACACACGAAACAACCUGAGAUGGUAGCUGUUCAAUUGAGUAACAGACAAAACAGAACGAGAUCAAAUGCAUGCAGCGCGCAAGCUUACAACAGCAUAAAACGAGGGUCAGUUGAAAUAAGCGAAUUGUUAUUCGAGAACUCAUACAGCUGCAGUGUAUAGACCAAGGCGGCCAACAAAAGAUUCCUAAAGGCAGUGGCAAGCAGUCAGCCGGCAAUCGACCUACUUUGCUUUUGUUGACAUUCCAAUGAGUCGACCUACAUAGUGGCUCUCUUCAUUUCAUAAGCGGUAAUAUACAAGUACGUGUAGAACAUGUAACGGAUGCAACGCAAGAAGGCCAAAAUUAUUGUCAAGUUACUACACAUGUUCAGCCAUGUUUGAGUCAUGGCAGGAAGGAUGUAUAUGAUCGUCUAUUGACAGCGGAAGAUACAUUCUCCUGAGCUGUGGAGGAGAAGCAGUUGGGACUGAUACUUGAAGAAUACCCUGUACAGUGAAGCGGUUCAUCCCGUCUGUUUGAUCAUGGAGAGAAUGCUGUUACUGGUAUUACUGACGCUGUUACCAAUGUCAGCACUGUGUAACCUGGAAUUACCCUACAAUGAAUCAGUGGCAUGUGACACACCCGAUGGAAUAAUCUUGAAGGACAGCAUGGGUCAUAUCAGGCAACCUGAGAAUCCUGAGAUGUAUAGAACAGAAACGCGUGGAGGGUACUCAGUGUUCAGAUGUCUGUGGACUAUUCCUCUGGAGACAGGGCAAACUAUGUCCAUUGAUGUUACCCCUAAGCUCAAGCUAAAGUCGUGUAAUGAAAAUGUUUUGACAAUUGGAAUAAAAAAGAACAUGGUAGAUGGCGCUAUAAAAGACCCCAUAUUCAAACAAUGCGGAGAAAAUAGAAUGGACAGACUUCCUAUUAAUGAAACUACAGUGAUCCUCUACCGUGCAACAAUACAAAGUAUGGGUGAAUUUUCCAUUCAGUAUAACAUUUCCGGUCCCUGUCCGACAUUACACGGACCUUUUGAGGGCGGAAAAUUGAAAAUGAACUCUGCCACACGCGCCACCUUGGUAUGUAACGAGGGACUUGUGCGAGAAAGCAAACCAACUCUUAAUAAACAGAGAAUUAUUUGCAACAGGACGACAAAUACGUGGACCGAGGAACUAGAUCGCUGUGUUACAGUGUCAUCUUUUACUACACUGCCUGGCGUUGCUGCUUCCACUGUGCAGUCCACUACUUCAUCAGAGGCGUCGUCUUUUACUACUACACUGCCUGGCGUUGCCGCUUCCACUGUGCAGUUCACUACUUUAUCAGGGGCUCUUGGAAAUGGAGAAGCAUCCAAUGGAAAUGGCACCGCUUUAGUUAUUGUGAUCAGCUUGCUAGUCGUGGUUUUGAUUGUGAUAGCAAUCGUGGUGGCUGUGUGCCUGUCAGUCAGGGCCAAACGACGUGAAUCUAUUAAAGAAUCUCGCAUUAUAGCGGACCGUCUUCAAGUCAAUGCCUUAUACAGCAAAGAAUUACAAGAGACCCCUGUCGGUGACAGUAACAAUGGGAGUAUUAAUGACAUUAACAGAGAGCAUAAUGCACAAACCGACGAAAAAAAUGACGACCAAACGGCAGCCGAGGCGCAGCUACUUCUGGGAGAAAACGAUGAUAGAAAAGAGGGGAGCAAGAUGUAUGAAGAAAUUGGUAAUCCUGGCACAGCUGAGAAUGGGGACAUUGUGCCAGUUGAUGGCGAGGAUGCCGAAAAGCCUGUUUAUGCUGUGGUACAUAAAGAUAAAGGAGACAAGUGGAAAACAGCUGAGGUGCCAGAUGAUGUUGAAAUGAAGGAUAACGAACUGUACGGCACCGAUGAAAGAGUGUAGUGACCGACUGUUAGAAUGGUAGUGGUGGUUGUAGCAUCCAAAGUGCCUUAAACAAAUUUUUACAUUGCAAGAUCUACCAGGAAUCAUUAACCAAGCGAAUUGUUUGAGGAAAUGCACAUUUUAUUCAUUCAAGAAAGCAGCGUGCUGUGCACAUUCGAUAUUCCAAUCAUUCUUGUGAUGGACUUAUUAUACAAAAAGUGAUCCUACACAGAAACGCUACACAAAUGAAAAUGCAUUUUUAAAGGUUUCUAGCAUCAUUUUAGUUCUCUUCCAAACAACUGUAUAUUGAUUGAAAAAAUAAAGAAACUUAGGUUAUGUUUCUAGUGAACUCAAAUCUUUUCUCUCGACUAGAACUACAUUGAACUUUUUCAAAGUUAAGGAUACAAUUAACAGAACAUUUAUUGUCUUAGACUUUUUUAACUGAAAGAGUAAUUAUCAUUUAAUCAUUUCCAUUUCCAUUUUUUUCUAGCCCUAUACUAUGGUUAGAAGAACAUGGAGGCGAUAAAUAUUUAAAAGAUUUCACAAUUUACUGAUUAUUGAAAAUCAUGAAAGGGAUUCGUCUUACAUGUUGGAAGCACACAAAGUUUGAUUCAUGUUGUUACCGAAAAGACAGAGUGCACGUUUGAAAAACUUUUCGUGUUUAAGCUGUUGUCGUCUGAAACCAAAUGAAAAAUUUUAAUGGCAUGAUCUUCAAUGGCUUUUUCAGACUGGUUAAAAAACAGUCAAUGUGUUGAAGCAAGCGCUUCCCUAGUGUACUGCCACUGGAAAUAAUGUUAGGCAGGGUUUUCCUGUGAUAAGAAAGUCUGCAGAAGGCGUAUCCUGUUUAGAAACAGUUUUAAUUGGAAUGUAGAUUAAUUAGACAGAAAAGUUGUUUUUAACUUUACGUGCGUGGGGUGUCACUUGACUCUAGUUUUUAGGACAUACUUUUUAUCUCAUCAUAGAUUAUCUUUAACACUCACAAGAUUCUCAUACA